AUGGAAGAAACAUUUCAAAAGUACACUGCAAGUCAUUCUGACACUGACAUUGCGUCAAAGGUACAAUCACCUCAACGCGUAGGCGUCAAGUCAAGCUUUCAUCACGUCUUAUUUAUGCCCUCUAGACUUGAGGAAACAACAUCUAUUAAAAUCGUGAGCGUGCCUACAAAAGAUGGUAAAGGCGGCCUAGCUUCCACUAUUUUGGUUCUUAACGAAGAAACCGGAAUAACGGAGGCCAUCAUCAAUGCCGAUGCACUCACAGCAGUAAGAACUGCAGCAGGGUCUGCCCUUGCAACCCGCCACUUGGCUAAAUCAAAUGCCAAAAACUUGGUUGUUUUCGGCGCGGGAGCUCAGGCACGAUCACAUGUAGACAUGAUGAUCGCAGUUCGUCCUACUAUCAAAAAGAUUGCCAUUUGGAAUAGAAGUGUCGAGCGCCGAGAUAAAUUGAUUGAGGAAUUGAAAUUAGCCUAUCCAGAUAGAGAGUUUAUUCCUACAGACCAAGAUUUGCAAAGUCAAGUAGAACAAGCUGAUAUCAUCUGUACCUGUACCAACGCGACAAAGCCAGUUCUCUUUGGAAAAUGGCUAAAGCCCGGUGUUCAUUUAAACUGUGUUGGUUCUUAUACUCCAGACAUGCACGAAAUAGACCCUGAAGCAGUAAAAACGAUCGAACGUAUUGUUGUUGAUUCCGUAGAAGCUUGUUCGCACGAAGCUGGGGAACUGAUUAAAUCAUCUCAACCAGAAGACUGGCUCGAGCUUGGUCAAUUGACCAAAGAAGUAGACGUCAAUGAAAAGAAUAAGAUUACAUUAUUCAAAAGUGUAGGCAUCAGCUUACAAGACAGUGCCAUCGCUGGUUUCAUGGUUAACUUGGCAAAAGAAAAAAAGAUGGGGACAAGAGUUCCUUUUUAA